UUGUAUCGUGGAAUGUGGUGACGGGGCAUUGCGGGCUAUGAAGCUGCGUUAAUUAAAUGGAGAUCUGUGAUCCUGUGUUUACGAAAUGAAGAAGUUCACCUUUAAGGGUGUAUUGGAUGGAUUUCGGUCUUCUGUUGCUCAACAGACUAGAGUUGACCAGGAAAUAGUGGAAACUCUUAGGCCUGACAACUUCCAAGUGGCAAAGACUUUCCGUCAUGGAUUCCCUUUUCAGCCCACCGCUGUGGCGUUCGAUCCAGUGCAGCAUCUGCUGGCUGUUGGCACGAAGUCCGGCUCCCUUAGACUUCUGGGCCGCCCAGGAGUGGACUCCCACGUUCGGCACGAGGGUGAGGGGAUGGUGUUGCAGAUCCAGUUUCUCUUAAAUGAGGGCGCCCUAAUCACCGCCACGUCCGACGACAGCCUGCAUCUGUGGAACUUCCGGCAGAAGAAACCAGAAGUAGUACACAGCCUCAAGUUUCAAAGAGAGAGGAUUACGUACAUCCACCUGCCACUACAGAGCAAAUGGCUGUACGUCGGCACGGAACGUGGAAACAUCCACGUAGUUAACAUUGAGUCCUUCGUGCUGUCUGGGUACGUCAUCAACUGGAACAAAGCCAUCGAGUUGUAA